AUGAAUAAGAAUAAGAAGAAGAAAAAAAAACCCAACCACGUAAUUGUGGAAAAUAUUCAAAAAGAAUGUUCAUUUGUUUUAAAAAAGGGAAAUAACGACAUAUAUGUUAGUAAUAACAAAGCUAUACAAAUAUAUAACGAUAGAAUUAUUAAACUAUUAAAUAAAAGGACUCAUAAAAAUGUUGAAGAAAUUAUAGAAGGAGAUUAUAAAGAUUUAAAUAAAAACAAAUAUACAAAUGACACAGUUUUUAUACAUGCUGUUGGUAUAAAUAUACUAAAAGCCUCUUAUAUAGUUCAAGAUCUUUUUUCUUAUUAUUAUGAGUUUGUAAAAAGUAUUCAAGGACCUACCAUUUCAGAUAAGAAAAAUAAUAACAAUAUUCUAGAAAAAAAAAAAAAAAAAGAAGAAAAAAAAAAUCUUUUAUCAUAUAUAGAUAUUCAUAUUGAAUGUAAUACACUCAUCAUGAACGACAACAUUAUAACAAAUAUAUAUGAUAUGGAUCAACAUUUUAAUCAUAAUAACAAUAAUGAUGAUGACAAAAGUUUCUAUCAUGAAUACGAUAACUUGAUAAAAUUUGCAUCCAUGAAAUAUGACCCUCUCAAGCACAAAUACUCAGAGAGAUCCAAAGGAAGAAGAGUAACAAAUGUGACAAUAGGCAUAAAGAAAACACCAAAUAAAUGA